AUUUGAAAUUCUGUAGUGAUGUACUAAUCAUGUUUGUGUAUAGAUACGCCAAUAUGGCGGCCCGUGCAGAGCAGAGGACUUGGAGACAGAAUGCGGAAAGUAUCACGAACUAAGUAAAGUAAGCGUAAAAGGAUGAGGUUACUCCAUUAGAAGUUGAAUCCUCAUUUAGGAAAUAGUUUUAGCCAUUUGCAAUGGAGCGACUGCAGCCAGUUUUCGGAUCUCCACAGUAUGUCAGUUACAGUCUUACAAGCCUUGCAGAAGGAAGUGAACCAAUAAGUGAAGCAGAGGAAAUCAAAGAGGUCAAGACCUUACACGCACGAGGCAUACAAGCAGCAAAGAUAAAUGAUUUCAAGGAAGCUCUUACACUUUUUGAUGAAGCUUUGGAGAUUAAUGAGAAAGAUGCAGCUGUGCUACAUGCUCGUUCCCUAGUGGGUCUUCAGAUGGGGAACUUUGAUGCUGCUUUACAGGAUGCAAAGUAUCUCAUCAACAUAGAACCUCGCAGUUCACAGGGAUAUGUUGUUCAAGGCCUAGCACUUCAGUACUUGGGUAGAUACCAAGAAGCCUUGAACUCCCUUUUAACAGCACUUGACUUUGAUCCUCAAAACACUGACACCCUGACCAGCCACAUUGUUUCAACUGUGUCAAAGAUAUGUAAAAUCCCUAAAUCUCUGUCCAAGACUUUAAAAGCUAUGGAUGCAUACAGCAAACUGAGUGAGGUCGGAGUGAUCUUGUUUCAGGGGACACAAUAUGAGAUGUGUAUCCAGGUCCUUGAAGCUGCACAACAGUUUCAGACAAAUCAGAAGGGAAUUACCAUGCGCAUAUUACUGACACUGGCCAAUGCCAAAUCAAAACUAGGAUUGUGGCAGCAAGCUAUCAGUCUAUACCAGGAAUGUCUCACAAUAGCUGUUGCAACCCAUGAACAGAUAUAUCAGACUAAGGCCUUGGUAAAUAUUGCAACACUGCACUUGGAAUCAGGGGACACUCAUCAAGCCCUUCUUUACUACCACAAACUUCUGUGUUUGGAAGCAGAACUACUUUCAGAGGCUGGAAGCACUGAUGCAAUGCCAGAAUUCUGGAGCAAAGAACUUCACCGAGGACUCCAUCUGAAUAUGAGCAUUGCUUACAAGACCAUUGGAAACAUGUCUGCAGCUAUUAUACAUGCCCAGCAGUUUGUGAAGUUAGUGGCAAUGCAUGGAGUUGAAGGUCAUGUACAGGCAGAAUCAUAUCAUAAUAUGGGAAUGCUGCAUGAAAUACUUGGGGACCUUCCAGCAGCACAGCACUGUUAUGAAGAAUACUUAACAUCCAUAGCAAGUUCGGAUAGACGCAGCAUGGCGCAGGCUUAUGGCUGUCUUGGGGGCAUGUAUGGUGUAUUGUGCAACUGGUCUUUAUCCAUAACUUACCACCAACAGCACAUUGCAAUGGCAGAAGAGUUAGGGGACCAGAAAAUGAUUGCCAUGGCCAAUGAAAUGCUUGGUGACACCUAUAUGCUGAAAGGAGAGUAUGAAAAGGCAAUCAAGCAGUAUGAAACAGCUUCCAAUUUCUGUUCACAUAGUGAUUUCAGGACGAAAGCUAGCAUGCUAUGCAAAAUGGGUCGUGGCUAUCGAGCCCUUGGUCGUAACCAACAUAGUCUCUUUUGCCUUGAGCAGACCUUGGCGAUGGCAGAUGACCAUGACUUUGCAGAUGUGCGCAUGAUGGCACAGUAUCAUCAGGCCUGCAUCCUUUGCACCUCUACUCAGCUUCAAGACAUAGAGCAAGCACAAAAAUCGUUUAUCAAGCUCAUCCCAUUCCUUGAGAAAAAGAUUUCUGAACAUGAAGAAGAGAAAUCUCAUUGCCCAAAAGAAUACCAUGAUCAGCUCUCUGAGUGCUACGAUGGAAUGUUGAGUGUGCUAUCUAGAAUUGGAAACAAAGAAGAGUGCCUUCAGUAUGCAGAGGCUCACAGGAAAAGAAGCCUCACCCAGCUGCCCAACUAUCAUGCUGUUUGCAAAGGGGUUGCCCAUUACCAGGAAAUGCAUUGUAAGGUGUGGACUAUGGAACACAUACAUCGUACAGUUUCCCAGCAAAAUAGUACUGUAUUAUAUUACUCCUUGCUGGACAAUGCUUUGCUCAUGUGGGUGCUACAACCAGGCACUGGACUUGUCCGAUUCUACUCAGGCCGUUCACCGAAACAAGUCAACAUACGAACACAGGUUUCUAAACUGCUGGAUGAAUUGCUUGAUGAAAGAUGCCACCCAGACAACCUUACCAAAUGUGAAAACAGGGCACUUCCACUUCAAAAUGCCACCCUACGCUACCUGCAAAAACAGAACCUGCAGCGGCAACAGAUGCAAAAGGUGGAAUGUGAAGUAGAAACAGAGACGGCACCAAGAAAGUCUCCACAGCGUCAGCUGUAUGACACACUCCUGGCACCAGUGGAAGAUAUUUUGUUGAAGAUGGAGGAGCCAAGAUAUCUGACUAUCAUACCAGAUAAAGAACUGCAUCACUGCCCUUUUGCAGCCCUUCAAGACUGGCAGGGUACCUAUGUUGGUAAACGUUUCAGCCUUAGUUAUGUGCCUUGUAUACUGCUGCUAGAUCGAAUAAUCCAGAAUGAACAAACAGCAAUGCGUCUGCAUGAUGACCUUGACUUUGAGCGCAGCCAGACAUGCAAAGGUGGUCUGCAGAGGCAGAUGACACAGGCUGGUACCUUCUUGUCUUUGAGCCCUGUCAUCAAUGUCUCCAUGGAGACCAGCAGUGCAAGUGAUAGGAUCAACUCCAGGCAAGUGUCUAACCCACGCUUGCUGACAUCUGGAGCCACCUUCUUGUCUAAAAACUCCAACACUGGGAUCCCAGCAGCAAGCAGAGAGACAACACGCCUGUCUUUGCUCAGUGCUUGCCACUUGUCAUCUGUGCCAGAGAAGAUUAAGACCCACCAUCUGCCAGGGACACCUACCGCUCCAGACAGAAUGCUGAGCGCACACACAUACUCCACUCUAACCACACGGACCUCAACAGGAACUGACAUCACAACAUCAACACAGGUUGUCACAACUUUCAAACAGCUUAGUAACAAGGACACGUGUGUUGUCUUUGGAGCACCCUCAUUGCCAGAGAGUGUUCUGGUACAUGGACGGCCUUGGAAAAGUGGAGACCUUGCUGCAGCUAAGCGAGAGCUUAGGAUGGUUGGGGAGAUGCUGGAUGUUGAUCCCAUUAUUGGUGAUGAAGCUACCAAAGGACAGUUUCUCAGAGAUAUUCAAGAGGCUUCCAUCAUACAUAUUGCCACGUUUGCCUGCCUUGAAGAGGGAAUAUUGGUUGUAACCCCUGAUGCGAAUCAGGUGCAGUUCAGUGCAGAAGACACCUCCCACCUGAUUACUGUGGAGGACAUUUUGACUUGCACACUGCAUGCUCAGCUGGUCGUGAUCAGUGCUGGAUUUAAUCCUGCUCGAAAAAAUUUUAUUGAUGCUCGCUUCCGUCUUCCAUCAGUUUUUCUGGCAGCUGGAGCCCAGAGUGUUCUAGUAUGCCAGUGGCAGGUGCCUGAUGCUGCUGCUGAAAAGUUCUUCUACAGUUUCUAUCGUCACCUGCAGUCUAAAGGCAAACUGUUGAGUAGCUUUGCUUGUGCUGUUGAAGACUUACAGAAUGAUGACAGGUUUAAAUCAGUCUGGGUGUGGGGAGCAUUUACUCUCAUUGGGCGAGAUUUGCAGGUCAACCUGAAGCAGCUACAGCAUGCCAAACUUGACCAGCAGAUUGAUCGAGUGGAGCAAGAAGUCCAGGAUAACAGUACCAAAGAAUUACUCAAUCCGAAAUCUGCAAUUCCACAUGUGGAAAGCAAAGCUGAGAACUUGGAGAAACUUCAGCAGUACCUCUUGGAUUUGAUAUGCCAUCAGCAUCACCAGCCUAAGGUCAUCCCUGCUCUUAUUGAUACACUUGAUGCUGCUCUCAAACGACUGCAUGUUGAAGAGAACAACCAGGUGACUGCACAGCUGACCACAGAGGCCUCUGGCAGUAUGCCUGCCAUCCAGCUGCUGAAGCGACUCGGCUUUCACUUCCAGGCUCGAGGCAGUCAGCUGACAACUCCUUACAUUGUCUUCCCUCACUGGAAUACUGAUGAUUUGUUGAUUCCUGCAUAUGAUGCCCUUCGUGCUGUGUCAGAACUGGUGUCAGAGCCCAGAAUUAUGAAAGCAUUGUGUGGCUGCCUGCCCUUGUCACAAGAAAACAUUUCACUGUUGAUAGACUUGAUAAGCAUCACCAAGCAUGCUGCAGAAGUUCAGCUGAAGGUGCGUGAUCUAUCUGUUCGGCCAUUGUGGCAAACGUCACACUUGCGGCAGCUGCUGUUGUCAGUUGGUUUUCACCAGAUUGGCCUUCUUCUGGCCUUUAAUGGAACGCCAAGAAACAAAAAGAUGCUGACAUCACUGCUGCAGUUGCUGCUAGCCAUGUCAUGUUACAAGAGUCAGACACUGCUUUAUCAUCUGGAUGUAAAUCUUCUGGGACAUGACUCAGCAUCUAAGAGCUCUGCAAGCACAGAUUUUGCCAAGAUGCCAUCUCUUACUCCACUCCUUCUGCCAAGAAACCAGCUACGGAUGAGUACGCCAUGGUUAAGCACUGUAGAACAUCAGGAUGAGAUGCUGGAGAAACUCAGACUGGCAAAAAGCAAGUCUGAUUUGUCAGACACCUUGCACAGACAACUGGAGCAUGCUAAAUCUUGGCAUCAGACCACUGUUGUAGCCCAGGCCGACGAGCGUCUCAGCAACUAUGGGAGACCAAAACAUUUGCCAUCAAAGGUCAAGGUUAUGCCUGGAUCCACAGCUUCGCAAGAGCGAAUACCUCUCACUCGAGAACCAGUCCUUGUGCUUCAGGACAUUGAUCAGCGUCGAGAUUAUGCUCAUCAUGUUUUGCAUGAACGCUUAGAAAACAUUAACGGUCGUUAUCGUGAACAAGUCAUGAAGUUGUUCUUACCCUACAUAAGAACAUGAUGUAUGAUGGUACAGGUAUUAUUAACAUUUCCUGGCAUAGACUCCAUUGGAAGCACUGAAGACACAGAACAGUAAAACUAAAGUAUCAAAUCUGAGAAAAGAACGAGAUUUUAACUCCAUGGCAUCUUCAGUUAAAAAUGGAAUGAGAAAUUGCAUGUACACUUAAAUUAGAUAUUUGAUAUUAAUGAUCACAGUUAAAUGUUUGACGUGUUAAAAUAGUGGGGAUAAAAGUUUGUAUUUAUAUAUACUUGUUUAAAUCAUAGGCAUGAUGUAUUAUUAAAGAAACAUAAUAAAGUUUGUUUUUGUUUACAACAUUUAUAGAUCUGAACAAUUUUUUUUGUCAGCUGCUUUACGAAUAGUCUGUUUUGAUUGUUUUGGGGUGUUUGCUGUUUAGAAGCUUCAGGAAUCUUACUGUAGCACUCUCAUUUUUUUUUUCUGUAAGCAGUUAAACAAAGGUGACACAACAAAAGUCGUUUUAUUUUUAUAUGGUGAGGUACAGGUGCAGGUGUGCAAUAAGUGGAUAAAUGUUAUAAAUUCAUAUUACAUUUUGAUGUAACAAAACAAGUGUUAAGAUAUUUAUCUUCAGGGAAAAAAUCCAAUUCUGAAUUAUUUUAACAUUUCAGAAUUAUAGUUCGUUGAUCACAUGUAUACAGUUUAAAGUUGCUCUAAAUGUUUCUUGUACAAGCAUGCACUAUAUAAAUAUUUGUACAGGCAUUUCUUUAUUAUGUAACAUUAAAAUUUUAAUAUCAUGUUUUAAAAGGUAUUGAAAACAGCAGUAUAGUUUAAAGUGAUAUUUCUAUUUAGGCAAAGCUAUUACAUCUGCUGUAUUCAUUUUUAUAACUUAAGUGUGAUAUUUGAAAAGUACAAUUUGUGUUUACAGUUAUGAAUUCUGUAGAAAAAUAUAUCAUUUUGUUUUCUUGGCUUCCAUUUUUUUUUAAAUGAGCGUGUGCGUGAGAGAGAGAGUAUGCAUAUAAAGGUUAUAAAUGUCAUAAAAAAAUAUAUAAAAGGACAAAAUGUAACAUCAAAGCUAAAUAACAAAACAAGGUCAUCAGUUUUUCAGAAACAAAUGAUGAACAUUCAAACGUGAUAAAGCACUUCGGUAUAUGUGUAUUAAUAUGCACACCACACACAUUUGAAUGUACUUGCAUGCGCACACACCUCUUGUGGAGCUGAGUUGUAACAGUAUGGAAUUAAGAAAAUACUUUGUGGAUCUGAGUUGUAACAGUCUGAAAUGAAGCAAAAUACUUUGCGGAGCUGAGAUAUAACAGUUUAGAAUCAAGUAAAAUAGAUCUCUCUUCAUUUUAUGUCAAGGGAUCUUGACAUGAGAUUUUUUUAACAAUUAAAAUGCAUCAUAAAAUUAAAAUAUUAAUAAAAAAAAUAGUAACACUGCAUAACAAGAACUACAUUCUUGCCACAAUCAAGAGGAAGAAGCUUAACCAUGUGAAAUAUCAAACAGUCUCACUAAGACUAAUCUGUAAGACAUGGUGAAAGGAGGCAGAAGGCAUUUGUGUGGGUAAGCAUUCACACAAGUGUGUGUGGAUGUGUUUAUGUGUUGUAAGAGCAGGGGUAGACUACUUAAUUUUUUAAAUACCUUCCUUGGUCAGUUUCUGUUUUGGGAUUCUGUAUGCCUAGCCUAGCUAGUAGCAUGAAGGGUGGAAAUCCUGGCCACAGGCUGAAAUUCCAUGCUAUACCAACAUCGUAAUUAUGGUUAAAGGGCAUGCCUGCAGGCAAUGCAACAAACCUAUUUAGACAGCUUUACUUGUUUGCAGUGCAAGGAUAAGAUAUAACUUACACUGGAAUGCACACAAAUACCUUAUUUAAUUUUUUAAAAUAAGGGCAGAAUAAGCAUGUAAGGU